AUGGCUUCACCAAAAAAGCACGUCGUCUUCGACGUUGUAGGUACCUGCGUCUCUUUCGACGCCUUCUACGAAGCAAUCAACUCCGCAAUUGGCGCCAAACUCCGCCAACACACCAUAACCGCCCAGCACUUUGGCUUCACCUGGCAAACAUCCGCAGAAAUCGAAUUCACCUUCUUCUCCAUCCACGGCGGCUACAAGCCCUACAAAGACUUACUCUCCGGCUUCUUCUACCGCACCCUCAGCCUCUGCGGCGUCCAAGACCCCAAAUCCAUCUUCACGGAUGAGGAAAGGGAUAGAUGUGUGGAGGGCUACUCGGCGCUCAAGAUGCGACCAGGUUGCCACGAGAUGUUCCAGAUACUACGGGAUAACGGAUUCACCAUCUGGGCACUUACCACCGGCGACGUCAAGCGCGUAAGCGGAUACUUUGAGCGUGCCAACUUGCACAUGCCGCUUGAGAACCUCGUUAGCUGCGAUUCCGUUGGUGUAGCGAAGCCUGCGCUUGCGGCCUACCGCGUCAUGUGGGAUCGGCUGGGCGAAAACGAUAUCAAGUGGUUUGCGGCCGGUCACAUGUGGGAUGUGACUGCCGCGACCAAAGUGGGGUUUCGAGGCGCGUUCACGACCGUGUAUGAGAAGGAUGCUUGUUUGGAUGUUUUUACAGAGGCCAAGAUUGAGGUUGUGGAGGAUAGCAUGGUGGGGCUGGCUAGGGCGAUUGUAGAGAAGUCCGGGUGA